AUGGACGAAGCAUCAAUGGACGUGUCAGAAAAUAUUGAUCAGAUUGAAGUAGGUCGGGUUUCUGAUUUGAGACAACGACAUGAAAGAAAAAUAAACGAGGCUGCUGGUACGUCGAGACAUGUAGAGGUAUGAAAUAGCUGAAUUGAAAUUGUGCUUAUAAUUAAUAUUAUAAUUGUAUCGGAGUUGAUUGGCCAAUUUUUUUUAGCGUCUGAUUGGAAAAAAAGUUAAUUUUGUAGAGUUCAUUUAUUUUGAAAUGGAAAUUACCUUACAUCACAUCACAUCGCAUCAAACCUUUGUAAUUGCUUGCAAUAAUUUGCAAUUGAUUGUAAAAAUGAAUCAGUUUUAG